AUGGUGGAAAAUAAUGUUGAGAGAGAUCAUAAAACAUACACAUUAUUGAUUAAAGCAUCGGGAGAAUUAAAGAGUUAUGAUAUGGCUUUACAACAUUUUAAUAAUAUGAUAAAAGAAGGAUUGGCGCCUGAUGUAAGAGUGUAUAAUUCCUUAUUAAAUGUGAUUGCUAAAACACAAAAUGAACCAGCGACAGCCAUGGAGAAGUAUAAUGAAAUGAAAUCUAAAGGUCUACAACCUACAAUUGUUACAUAUAAUAUAUUAAUAGGAUUCAUGAAAAAAAAAAAACAAAACCAUUUGGCAUUAGAAUUAUUUGAACAAAUGCAAAAAGAAAGUAUUGUGCCUGACGCAAAGAUAUUAGAAUCUGUAGACAUUACAGGUUUAAAGGCUGCCAAAGUCUUACAAGAGGAAUAUAACGUUAUACCUAAUAUAAGAGACUAUAAUUUAAU